CAAUGACAGAAGGACUCAAAUUUGUUAAAUGUGCUCUUUUGCAACAAGAGAAUGAUCCACUCGAAUACUGCGUUUGCACUCUUCCCAUCCCAUCAAAUAUUGGCAUUCCUCUCUUUCCUUGCGAACUUCCGAAUAAUUUCAAGCUCUUUCAAUCAAAUGAAACAUUUUCAUAAUUAGGAAUGGUAUUUAUACUUUACAUUUCCCCCAGAAAAUCAUGGAUAUUGAAGAAGAAGAAAACCACAAAUUGAUGAGAACAAUCUGUUGCCCUAGUUUGAGACCCUUAACCAUCACAUCCAGGGACUUUUACAAUAACAUUCCAAUUCAAGCAGAAAGAAAAUUCGCCAUCCCUUUUAUUCAAAAAAAUGAAAUGAAGGUUAAAUAUGAUGGCGAAUAUGCAGGUAAAAUUGUAUAAGAGUAAUGCUGCACUUUCAUGAAGGGCAUGUUUCAUUAAUUAUUCAUAUAUGAUAGCAAUGAAUACCUCAUUUAUGAGAUAACUGCAAAUUUGAAAUAAAAGGGAUUGCUAUGCUUUUUGCCCUUCCAAUCUUGCAAUUCCAUUAAAUACUCCAUUAUUGAUAAAAGGCCUGCCGAAGAAUAAUUAAUUAGCGAAAACUACACUAAUGGUCAAAUUGAACAUCUAUUCUUCGGAUGGUCAAAUGAACUAUGCUCCAAGGCUGAUUAAUGUAAUUGAUUAUUAUGUAAUUUCCCUCCUAGAUGGUAUCAAAUUUCCAGAUAGCGCUAGUGAAAAAGACAAAGCACUGCUCAUUAUGUGUUGCAUAUUUAUUGAUUAUUUGUGGUUUGAAAAUUUUUGA